AGGACCAGCGAGGGGGGUCAGAGGACUCUGAAGACAGCCUCAGAGGGGUGUCCAGAGGCUGACUGUGAGGACCAGAGGGCAGAGACGGGGAGGGACACAGCAAAGGAACGACAUAGGGAGUCAGAAAGGGAAGGAGCCCCAAAGGGACAAGGAGCCCAACAUCCAUCCUCGCAGCCACAGCCGCAGUGGGAGCCAGCCCUGGGAGCAGCUCUGCGGCCCGUCCCCAUGGGCCCCUGCGGGCCAUGGCUGCACACUUCUGUCCUCUGGGCCGCAGUGGCCAGCCUGCUCCUCCCCCCCGCCGUGACCCAGCAGCUGAGAGGGGCUGGGCCCGGCCCCAGCAACUGGGACGACCAUGCAGGAGUUCCGGGGCCCUCAGAGGACGUGUCGGGCAAGCCUGACCACCCAACGCACAGCCACGGAGGCCAUGGAGAUGAGAACAGGGAUGUUUCCGCAGAGAGCAGGCAUCAUCUCUGGGGCCACGGAGACCACGGAGAAGAGGACGAAGAUGUCUUCAGAGAGUCCCAAGGCCAUAGGUACCAAGGCCACGAGGUGGGAGACGAGAACGUCUCUGACGAGGAGGAAUACCCCGAGCAUGCUCAGCAGGCCCGCGGACACAGACACCACGGAAAUGAAGACGCGGAUGAUUCAGCUGAGCGCGGGGACCACUUUCCCAGCCACGGGAGCCAGAGCCAUCAAGACGAGGAGGAGGAGGAAGUUGUGUCCAGUGAGCAUCACCAUCAUCACAUCGUCAGGCAUGUCCACCGAGGCCACAGAGAAGAGGAAGAUGAAGACGAGGAAGAGGAGAAUNUUCCCAGCCACGGGAGCCAGAGCCAUCAAGACGAGGAGGAGGAGGAAGUUGUGUCCAGUGAGCAUCACCAUCAUCACAUCGUCAGGCAUGUCCACCGAGGCCACAGAGAAGAGGAAGAUGAAGACGAGGAAGAGGAGAAUGUCCCCACUGAAUAUGGACACCAGGUCCACAGACACCAGGACCAUGGGAAAGAGGAGGAUGAAGACGACUCAGAGGAACAUGACCACGACCAUGGCCCCAGCCACAGACACGGGGGCCACGAAGAAGAUGAUGAUGACGGCGGCGAUGUUGUCUCCGCCGAGCGCAGACAUCAAGUCCACAGGCACCGAGAUCAUGGGGAGGAGCAGGAGGAGGCUCUCUCAGAGGAACAUCCCCACCAUCACAGCCCCAGCCACAGACACCAGGGCCACAAAGAAGAAGAUGAUGAUGAUGAAGACGACGAUGAUAUUGUCUCCACUGAGCACAGACAUCAAGUCCACAGGCACCGAGAUCACGGGGAGGAGGAGGAUGAAGAUGACUCAGAGGAACAUCACCACCAUGGCCCCAGCCACAGAUAUGGGGGCUACGAAGAAGAAGAAGAUGAUGAUGAAGAAGAUGACAAUGAUAUUGUCUCCACUGAGCACAGACAUCAAGUUCACAGGCACCGAGAUCAUGGGAAGGAGGAGGAUGAAGCUGUCUCAGAGGAACAUCAUCACCAUCACGGUGGUGACAAGGAAGACGAGGAUGAGGAUGUGUCCACUGAACACUGGCACCAGGCUCCCAGACAUACCCACCAUGGCCUUGGAGACGAGGAGGAGGAGGAGGAGGAGAUCACAGCCACAAGAGUGCUAAGGGGGAGGACNAAGGAAGACGAGGAUGAGGAUGUGUCCACUGAACACUGGCACCAGGCUCCCAGACAUACCCACCAUGGCCUUGGAGACGAGGAGGAGGAGGAGGAGGAGAUCACAGUCAAGUUCAGCCACCCUGUUGCAAGCCACCAACCCCAAGGCCACAAGAGUGCUAAGGGGGAGGACUUCCCAGAAGAUUAUAAAAAAGCAGUCCCUGGCCGUGACCACCAUGGAGUCCCCAAGGAGGAAGAUGAGGACAUCUCUGCCAGGCUUGGCCACCAGGCUCCCAGCCAUAGGCAGCAAGACCACAGAGAUGAGGGGACCGGCCACAGAGGGUCCAUUAACGAAGAGAUUAGCCACCGGUCCCCAGAACACAUGGGGGUGAAGGAUAGAAGCCACUUAAGGGAGAGCGAGUCUGAGGAGGAUGAGGAAGAGAAGGAAGAGGAUCACAGCUCCCAUGAAGAAGCUGACGAAGGUUCAGAGGAGGGAGGAGAAGGCACCCCGCAUGGCAGCCUGGAUGACCAGGAGGAUGAGGAAGACGAGGAGGAAGGGCAUGGCCUCAGCCUGAGCCAGGAGGAGGAGGAAGAGGAGGAGGAGGAAGAGAGAGAAGAGAGAGCUGAGGUUUGGGUCCCGCUGAACCAAGACCGCCAGGAGGAAGAUGAGGAGGAGGCGGGGCUAGGAGAAGAUGAACUCCCCUUCACCAUCAUCCCCAACCCGCUGACCAGGAAGGAGGCGUCUGGAGGGGCCUCCAGUGAGGAGGAGAGUGGCGAGGACACGGGCCAGCAGGAUGCCCAGGAGUAUGGGAACUACCAGCCAGGGUCCCUGUGUGCCUACUGCUCCUUCUGCAAUCGAUGCACUGAAUGUGAAAACUGCCACUGUGACGAGGAGAACAUGGGAGAGCAUUGCGACCAGUGCCAGCACUGUCAGUUCUGCUACCUCUGCCCGCUGGUCUGCGAAACUCUCUGCUCUCCCGGAAGCUACGUCGACUAUUUCUCCUCGUCCCUGUACCAAGCCCUGGCCGACAUGCUGGAAACUCCGGAACCCUGACCCAGCCUCGCGGCUGCGGCGCAGACAUACCUCCCUGGCCCUCCGACCCCUUUCCACGAGCCAUAUUUAUUUCUCUGAAUAAACGUGCUCCCGGAGACCUCACUGUCAGGCGUGGGGUCGUGGGUUUGAGGGAGAAGGGGCCUGAACUCCUCGAGGUGUUUGGUUUGCUAGGUCCUGAUAAAUAAAUCAGUCAACACGGGA